AUGUAUAAAAUAUUAUUAAAAAUUAAUUUAGCAUCCAAAAUACUUCACCUGGAUCUGAUAUUGGAAAAUGCUGUUGAUUUGCUUAAAAACACAAUGGAAAAUAUGGGUAAAAUCCGUGAUAAUAUUAAUAUUUUGAUAGAAGAAACAAAUUCUAAAGCAUUACUGGGGGAUGUGACACUUGAUUUUUCUUGUAAACGAACAAGAAAAGUGAAAAAAUUGUUUGAUGAACUGUGUCAAGUUCAAUGUCUUUCGCAAGGAAAUCAUUAUUUUGAAACGCAAGAUUCAAUCGCUAUAUUGACACUGUUAUUACACAAUUAUAAAUAAUAUUUGUAGACCUUAUUGAAAUAAUUUAUUUAUUUAGUAGUAUUUUACGACUGACUGUAAUAUCUGAUGACCAAAUCAGUGAGAAUGCAAAACAAUUGGCGGAUAAAUUGCAGUACUUUAAUCCAGCAGAACUUACUAGCCACACAAAUUCAGUUAUUCAAAUUCCUAUUUGCUUCUGAACUUAAAUCUUAUAAAAGCGUUUUUGACAUAACUAAAUUACUAAUAAUAGAAAAUAAAAAUGUAAUUAAAUUUAACUAGCAUUUCCCUCAUUUAUUCCUUAUAUUACUGGAUACUGUAGCAAGUGUAAAGAGGACAUCCUUAAAACUAAAAAUAAUUUUAAAAUAUCUAAGAAGCACCAUAUCAUAAUACGACCUAGUGGUCUUGCGAUGGUUUCCAUAGUAAAUGAGCGAGCUAAAAAAAUGUAAGAUUGUUGGUGAAGACGUUUGCUCAAAAUUAAA